CGGGAGCCUCAUCUUACUGACAGCAUGCCAGGACAGCCUCCGGAAACUUGGCACAGCUGCCUUUCAGACUAACGGACCAACUUGGAAAAGCAGAACAUACGACAGCUCAGUAAGAAAGUUGAUACACCGAGGGCAAGACUGCUCCCACGUAGCACAUUACUCUCCACUGAAAGCCGCUAAUGAGCUCAGGCAGUCCUUGCCCUGGGGCUCCCAUUUGCUUUGUCUUGUGGUGUCCAACAAGCUAGGAGUGCUAACCCAGAAGGUUUUGUGGAAGUCACAGCACAAAGGGAGGUUAUGAGCCAAAUACUCCGUGCUCCCUGUAUAAUCAAACAAGAACUAAGUAAUUGCAGCCUAGACAAACUAUUACUCACCCCCAUUACGUGUUGCUUGGGUUCACUGCACUGCAGUAUCUAUGCUUUUAAAGCCACUCUUUGGUGAUCCACGUUUUCAGAGACUCGGAUUUGGGAAGGUUGGAAGUAUAUGGAAAGGAAUUAUUGGGGGUGAUAGAACUUGCCAGAAGUGCAGAUUUGGACGCCCGCCGUGGCCUCGGCCCCGCCCCCCGGGACGCAGCGCCGGUCACCUGACGCAGCUGCGGGCUGGAGAGACACAAGGGAAGUCGCUGUCGCCACAGUCGAGGAGCUUCUGCUGCCGCCGCCGCCGCCUGCAGCGGCCGGGACCCUCCGCCUCACCGCCUCCGCUUCGCCGCCCGCGCCAUGCUGUCUGAGAAGACCUUCAGGCAGCGCCGCGCCUUCGAGCAAAGAGUAGAUGUCCGACUUACCCGAGAGCAGCAUCCUACCAAAAUCCCAGUGGUAAUAGAACGGUACAAGGGUGAGAAGCAACUUCCUGUCCUGGACAAAACCAAAUUCCUUGUACCUGAUCACGUCAACAUGAGUGAGCUCAUCAAGAUCGUUGGGAGACGCUUACAACUCAACGCUAAUCAAGCCUUCUUCCUGCUAGUGAAUGGACACAGCAUGGUGAGUGUGUCCACGCCGGUUUCUGAAGUGUAUGAAAGUGAGAAGGACGAAGACGGAUUCCUGUAUAUGGUGUACGCUUCUCAGGAGACAUUUGGAAUGAGACUGCCUGUGUAAGCCUAGAAAAAUGCAUCUGUUCUUGAAUUUUUUUAAAACCUUACCAAGGAGAAAAAAAAGGGAUAUUACCAACUGAGAUUGAUGAGUCCAUCCAAUCACAGAUCAUCAACACAGUAGUGUUCCUGCCUAGGAGUUUUGGGAAGUUGUUUUGUACUGUACGCAGAAAAACUGAGCUCCAAAUGAGCACAUUCAGCUUUGGAAAACUACAUUAUUUAACCUAGGCUGUUUUGUUUUCAAAUUUAGAAGUUUAAAAAUAAAAUACUUUGUA